UGUUACCAGUAAUUUCAACUGAACGUCUGAACUACAAUGGAUGUCCCACUUUCAGUCACCACUGAGAGUCAGCCCUGAACAUUUCACAUACCUUCACUCUGCACUUCAUUGCCCGAGGAUCUGAGAUUCCUUACCAUGGAGAGGAAUCUCGUUCUUCCUGCGCAGCCACCCUAUCAGGAAACUGAUGUCUUUGAGGCAGACAAAUCUCAGCCUUAUUUGGAGGCCAAGCUGUACAUCGAGAGGGUAGAGCAGGACAGCAAAAUAUGCCAAGAAGAAAAUGGCAUAGACAGAACCUAUGAACCAGUCGAGGGUCCAGAACCUGUCGGACAUGGGGUUUCCCUGACGAUGUACCCAAUUAGGGUACCCAGCAUGCAUUUCACUUGUGCCACAGUGCAGUGGGACAUGCCAGAAACUCCUACAGAAGACCCGUCUCUGGACUCGGCCUGUGUGGAUGAGCUGAACUCUAGUGGUGGGGCUAGCUUGGACUGGACUGUCAAUCCGCUGUCCUCAGACCCCCCCUCCUUCAGCCUGGAGGAGGAUAUGAUUGGCUUGAUUCCAGAGGAGGAGAGUGGGCGGAUAGAUACUGAAACUGAACUGCAGCAAAGGCCAGCUGUAACUGUAGAAGACAAUGUCAGCUCCUGCCAGACAUGUGAUGUACAGGACACAGAUGAGAACAUAUGUGAGACACCAUCAAAUGAGGACACCCAAGUUCCAUGUAAAGACACUUCUUCAUUAACAUCUGAAGCCAAAGUAGAGAGUGGAUCAUUGGAUUUUGACAACAAUCCAAAUAGAGCAGAAAGCCCUAUCUGUACAGAGGAGAUCCAGCUGGGGUUUGAGAGCCCAGAACCUCCAAAAGAGGAAAACGAGCAAGUUGGGGACACAACACAAGACACAGUUUCAACACAGCCAGAACAAAUCCAUGGAGAUGAAUGUAAAGACAAAGAGGACGUACGGUUGAACCUGGAGGAUGGGGAUGAAAGAGACUGCACCAGUAAAGGUGAAAUUUGUGUAAUAGUAAUGGCGGACCAUGAAGGGGACCAAGGUUCUUCUAAUUCUACGUUCCAGUCAAUAACAAAUGACCAACUACAUCAGGGACCAGACCUACUGGAAGAGUUGGAUCCAACACAUCCACACAGCAUCAUCAUCAUCACAGAGCCACCAGAACCAGCAGAAGAGCAGCCUGAGUGUGUCUGUGAUUCUAGUGAGACUGUAGAGACAACAGACAUGAUAAUACCACAGCAACAGGUAGAGAUAACAGAGAUAACACCAACUGAACAGACAGAGAGAACAGGAAAUUCAGCAGAGUCACUGGAGGACAUGCUUGUUGCAACACUGGAGGUGACCAGUGAUGACGAGACACUGCAACGUGAGCAAUUACAACAUGCCGAAACUUUUCAUAUGAUGCAUGGGUCUGCGGGGGCAGACCAACAAGAGGAACCAACAUGUGAAGAGCAGCGUGAUGGCUUAGAUUUAGAGAUUGAACAGUCUGAGCACUCAACAAAGCUGGAAAUCUCAGAACAGCCACAAUGUUUAGAUGAGCUAGAAGAGUCUGAACAGUCAAAACAACAGGACAAUUUGGUUGAUAAGACUCCCUCAGAGAAAUCAGAAGAAGAUGCACAACCUUCUGAAAUACCAAACCAACCAGAACAGCAUGUUCAGUCCGAAUGUACCAAUGAAACAGAACUCUUAUCACCCACUGAUUCACAGAACAGUGAAGAAACACAAGAAUCUGGUCAAAUAGAGCGCCAAGAGACUGAACAACAAAGGCCCAUCAAUGAUGAAGACCAGAAUAAAGAAAAUAAGCAGUCAGACUGUGUAGAACAUCAUCCAGAACAGUCCGAGCAGAUGCAUGGUUCAGUGGAACAGCUGGAGGAACAGAAGCUGGAGUCUGUAUCACUGGUGGUUCCUUGUGGGAACAGCAAAGUCGUGGAGGCUGUAGACCAGGAGGAGGCCAAGAGACUUGCUGAGAGGCUGUACAAGCUCGAGAACUUUCAGCGCACAGAUGUGGUCCGACAUCUGGAUAAAGACAAUGACUUCAGCCGUGCUGUGGGGGAGGAGUACUUGAAGUUCUUCGACUUCACAGACCAAACUUUGGAUGAGGCUCUAAGGUCGUUUCUGUUAGAAGUGGUUCUGAUUGGAGAGACUCAGGAGAGAGAGCGAGUGUUGGAACGCUUCUCCGGCCGAUACCAGGAGUGUAACCCUAACACAUUCACCUCACCCGGAUCUGUGCUCACCCUCACCUGUGCUGUAAUGCUCCUAAACACAGAUCUACACGGACAGAAUGUUGGCAAAGCCAUGUCCUCGACUGACUUUGUGUCAAAUCUGGAUGGAAUGAAUGAAGGAGAGAAUUUCAGCAAAGACCUGCUGAAGACUCUUUACAACUCAAUCAAGAAUCAUCCACUUGAGUGGGCUGUAGAGGAGAAGGAAUUGGUGAAGUCUAUGGUCUUAGAUCAGGACUCUGACCCGGAGUCUUCCCUACGAUCUAAGAGUAAUCCCUUCCAGGAUCUCGCUCAUGACAAGAAGGCAACUGUGUUUCAGAAAGGCUUCCUCAAGCGUAAAGCUCAUGCUGACAUAGACGGCAAGCGAACUCCAUGGGGAAAGAGAAGUUGGAAAACCUUUUAUGCAGUGCUGAAAGGAAUGGUGCUCUACCUACAGAAAAAUGAAUACGCGAAGGACUGGCAGAGUUCUGAGGAGGUGCUCAGCGUUCAUCAUUCCCUCGCAGAGAGAGCAGAGGACUACACCAAGAGACCCCAUGUGUUCCGCCUUCAGACUGCAGACUGGAGGGUCUUCCUCUUUGAAGCAUCGUCAACAGAACAGAUGAACUCUUGGAUUGGUAGAAUCAACCUGGUGUCUGCUCUGUACUCCUCUCCUCCAUUUCCAGCAGCUGUGGGCUCUCAGAGGAAGUUCUGUAGACCCAUUCUACCAGCAACUCAGUCUGCACUCACUCUGGAGAAGCAGCUGCAGUCUCACGCUGCCAUGCUGCAGUCCUUUCAAGAGGACCUGAGUGCACUACAGCAGGGGGCACCAGAGGGACGCAAGGCCAAAGCCAGAGAACUGGAGGACCUCAGACACAAGGAGGAGUACCUACAGCAUGAGAGAAGUCGUUAUGAAGCUUAUGUACAAAUACUGGAGGUCUGGCAGAACCUCAGCAAGUCCUCUGAAACGGCCGGUGGGACGGACCUCGCUCUUUUCGACCAGGAGCUCUGGAAAGGAAUGCCUGCCGAGGAGGACGAUAUUGAUGAGAUGGAUGGAGGGAUGAAGAGAUCUCAUUCCAGUCCAUCUCUAGAACUGGAGCUGGCACCUCCACCUGUGGUGAAAGUGAGGCGGAACAUCUCAGAGAGACGAACGUAUCGCAAGAUAGUGGUUCCACGUCGUAACAAGGAGCUAUAAGACAAAAAGACUUGGUGUAGAUUAUGUAAAAGACUGUGUUAGUACCUAUGAAUAAUCACUUAGCGCUGGAGAUUCUUCAUGUAAAGACUGUAGUAUCAGCAGCCAGAGUCUGAGAGAGCACACAAUUGGUCAUGCUCUCUCUCUCUCUCUCAUCACUUGUAUUGUGGUAUUGGUCAGCACAGGCAUCUGCUGAUGUGUCAGAGCUGGGGAUCCUGCGCUUUCCCUGGGUGUGCUGGAUACUCAGUGAUUCUGCCUUAGUGGCAGUUCAACAAAAAGAGGCGGGGGCUGUAACUGUGGGGGUAUUAUUAGUAAUAGAGGGAGUUUUAGGGGGAGUUAAAGUGGGUAAAAUAAUAGAAAUUAUUUAUUAAAAAGAAAGCCUGAGGCUACCAGGGGUGGGCAAUUUGAUUUUAAUGCUAAUGCACACUUGAUUUAACUCACACAUGUUAAGUACCAGGUUUAACAGAUAUUAAGGUAACACUUUACAAUAAGGGUCACAGAUAACAGUACUUAUGACAGUAAUAAACAUUAGUAAGUGGUUAAAAUUAUAAAUUGACACAAGUUCAGACAUUAUUAAACAUUACUCAUUUUUAAUGCUUAGAAUGUAGUAAUUAUUUAAAAAAUAAAGAUUAAUAAUGUCUUUACUAGUGCCAAUUAAUAAUUAAUUGAUACAUUCUGUUGUUAACAUACCCUUCUUGUAAAGUGUUCAGAAAAGGACAAGAAAAUGGUGUCUGUAUAUAUGAGGUAAUAUGGUAAUAACCAGUGGUGAGAUGAUGAGGUAAGCUAAGACAUGCUGUAUCAUCUUUUGUAGAUAGACAUUACGUAGAUUGUGCAACUCAAAUUUUCAUAUCCAGUCUAAAGAAGGUACUCUGAAAAAAAUGAAGAUGAGCACUUUUACUGAACAGUUUUCUCAGGAAUGUUAGGAGUACAAAAUAUUUAGAAUUUCGGUUACGAUAUUCCUGUUAUGUAAUCUUUUUACAGCCUAAAAUGUUGCAGCUUUUCUGUUUUAUUGUCCUACACUCUUAGAAAAAAGGAUAAAACAAAGGAUUUUUAGAAUAAUGCUGUAUAAGAACGAUUUUUCAGACCAGAAGAGGAAGUACGAAGAACAUUUUUUAAAGAUUUAAAGAACCUUUAAAUAAUAUAAAGUUUUUUAACCCUUUGCUACUGAAGGACUAUUUUGUCAACAGACUGAAGGGUCUUCCUCUUCGAAGUGUCGAAUGUGUUUUUGGAUCGUAGAGUAUCACCUAUACAUUUUCCUAUACAGCUCUGGAAGAAAUUAAGAGAGCACUUCAGUUUCUGAAUCAGUUUCUCUGAUUUUGCUAUUUAUAGGUAUAUGUUUGAGUAAAAUGAACAUCUUUAUUUUAUUCUAUAAACUGCAGACAACAUUUCUCCCAAAUUCUAAAAUAUAAAUAUUGUAAUUUAGAGCAUUUAUUUGCAGAAAAUGAGAAAUGGCUGAAAUAACAAAAGUAACCUCAAUUAAAACAAAGAUAACAAGUUCAUAAAUUAAUAUUUGGUGGAAUAACCCGGGUUUUUAAUCACAGUUUUCAUGUAUCUUGGCAUGUUCUCCUCCACCAGUCUUACACACUGCUUUUGGAUAACUUUAUGCCACUCCUGGUGCAAAAUUUCAAGCAGUUCAUCCAUCUUCCUCUUGAUUAUAUUCUGGAGGUUUUCAGUUUGGUAAAAUCAAAGAAACUCAUCAUUUUUAAGUGGUCUCUCAUUACAUUACAUUACACGUGGCAUUGUAGUUUUAUAAAUAACAUUAAAAUGAUUUAAUUUGACAGAAAAUACCAAUGUCCCUUAGCCACUUUCAAUGCUAAAGAAAUUGACAAAUAAAAAGACAUAAAAAACAUGUAUUUAUUUGUCCAUGCUUACUUAUCUACAUGGUCUGAUUGAGAAAUAAUUUGUGGCCACCUGCUAAAAUGUUUUAUAAAAGGUUUGCUAAAUGUUUUUCGCGGUUUUAAUGAAAAUACAAAAUGUGUUAUGUGGAGGUUCUUUAAAUUUAAGGGGAAAAAAUCAACAAAAAUAGUUUGUAGCACCACUCAUUGUUCUUUGGAAAGCCGUUUAGGAUCUUUGCUCUUGAUAUCAUGAUUAUGGCAUUGCUUGAAAAUAGUCAUCUGGUACCUUUAUUUUUUUAGAGUGUGAUCAAAGGUAAAGUUAAAAAAUCCAAACAUCACAAGCUUCAUAAUCAAUAAAACUGUGAUCAUCACUCAUACUGUCCACAAGAGGGGGCUGUUGAACAUGUAAUUGCAUAGGUCACUGUAGCAGGUGUUCUGUAUAAAUGCCAUACAUCACUUUUAUAGGACACAUCUACAGUUUUAACCCUAGCAUUACACUUCUCCUGAUUGAUGGUCCAUUCAAAACUAAUAUUUAGGGAUACUUGAAAAAAAACAAAACAUAUUUUGCUAUUUUUUUUAAAGCUAGCAAUGCUCUGUGGAAACUGAGAUGGUGAACUCCUUGUUAAAUGUCCUGUUUUGCACAUUUUUUAAAUCACUUUUUUAUGAAAAAUAAAUCCCUUUAAAAUGUC